UACGGAUCCCUGGAAUUAUUCUUCAAGCCGAGAUUCCUGACAAAACUUCCGGGAGCCGAGACCUGUUCCCUUAAAGCCUCCGCUCUUUCCCCUUUCUAAGUUUCCUGCUGGCCGAAUUGCUCUUUCCUGGGUCAAUUGAGCGCAAUCAUGGCUGGUGCAACGCCCUCACUGGAGACGGUAGUCGCCAUCAUCGAAAACGCAAGAGGAUCAGGAGGAUACAACUCGACUGUGGGAAAUACUGAGGUGGGAAAUAUUCUCUCUGAAUGGGCCGAUCUUCCCGUUUCCAAGCAGGACAAGGUUCGACCAUCGUUUGUGUCAAAAGUGUUUCCUCUUGUCUUUGGAGACAAUGCCUUUGUUCAGGGGUCCGAAAACUACGAGCUGCAGCGUCAAGUGCCAUGGUCCACCAAUUGCUGGCUUGAACCCGAAGUCAUCGUAACUCCCACCACGUCCCAGCAAGUCGCCGCUGCGCUGGCCCUGUGCAUCUUCUUCCUCCUCAAAUUCUCGGUUCGCGGCGGAGGCCAUUUGCACAACCCUGGAUUCAAUAGUAACGCUGGUGGCGUGGUGAUCUCCCUUGGCGAGUUCCAACAGGUGCUACUCUCGGAUGACAAGUCAACUGCUGACGUAGGGCUUGGGUUGCGGUGGCUCGAUGUGUACGAAGCUCUUGAACCUCAUGAUGUCGCCGUCGCCGGAGGCCGCAUUCCGACUGUUGGUGUACCUGGUUUGAUCCUGGGAGGCGGCAUCUCUUUCCAGAACAGCCAGUAUGGUCUUGGAGCUAUGGGUGUUUCGAAUUACGAGGUCGUUCUCGCAGACCUUAGCAUCGUUCAGGCUAAUGCUAAAGAGAACUCCGACCUCUUCUGGGCCCUUAAAGGUGGGGGCUCAAACUUUGGGAUUGUAACUAGGAUGGAAAUGGCCACUGUUUCGAACGUGAUCUUUUCUGAAGCCCGCAUCUACGCACCAACCGCCUACAACGACCUUGUUGAAGCCCUCAUGGUCUAUCACGAGUCCAUUGAGAGCGACGACCAAGCAACUCUAAUCUGGCACGCUACAGGCGACGCUAUCUUACUAGUCUACGUCUACUGCAGCCCUACGGAGACCCCGGCUAUCUUUGCCCCGUUCCUUGAUGUUCCGUUUGUUCAAACCUUUGUACCGGCGGGGAACCGUACAGUCUAUGAGCUUGUUCAAGCUGUUGCGAGUGUCAUUUCGCCGGAGCCAAUGCUCCACGAAUUCCGCACAAUGUCCUCCCGCCCCUCGCUGGGAGUCUACAAAGCAAUCGAGCAAGCACGCGCAAACCAAGUCGCCGCCCUAGCUGACGUAGAAGGCCUCGUUAUAACAACCGUUUUCCAACCCAUGUCCUCUCUCGCCAUGAAACGGAGCGCCGAGUCCCCUCUUGGUCUUGAUCCAGUUGGUCAACAGUGGUUCCUCGCAAUGGCCGACUGGCGAAACGCUGCCGACGAAGAGCGCGUACGCGCCGCCGUAAAGACAAUCGUUGACACCGCGGAAUCCCUUGCAAAAGAGGAAGGGGUGCAUCUCGAGUACAAGUACACGAACUACGCCUCGAGGGAUCAGGAUGCGCUUGCCACUUAUGGAGAGGAAAACAUUGCCAAGCUGAAGACUGUUGCAAAGAAGUACGAUCCCCAUGGGGUUUUUCAGAAGCUGCAGGCGGGUGGAUGGUUGCUUUCAAAGGUUGGUAAAAGCGUUUAAAUCGGAGGAGAGAACUCGGUUGGAGAAGGGAGGUAUUUGGGCUGCCGAUUAGACUGGGGAUGAGAGUAUAGGCGGAUGUGAAUGGUAAUGAAAUGGAUAAUGUAUAUAAUCUGUCUAAUAGACCAAUUAGAGUAUAUAGUACAGAAUCAAUAGAUCGCCGUG